UGACAAUUAUAAUUUAUGUUUACGAGUUACCUACCUACCACGUGCGAAGUCUAAACAAUCACAUAUAACCAAGCAAUUUUAUAAAAUAUACCUAGUUGAACAUAUCUAAGAUUCAGAAACAAUGUCCUUUCGUGGACGAGGUGGGGGUGGUGGUCGCGGUUUUGGCGGUCGAGGAGGCGGCGGCCGUGGUGGAGGCGGUGGCUUCGGCCGAGGCCGGGGCCGCGGCGGAGGAGGUGGUGGCUUCAGACAACAGGACAUGGGACCUCCAGAUCAAGUCAUUCCAUUAGGCCACUACGGCUGGACAGUGCAGGACGACUUAGUGUGUAAAGUAGACAUAGAAGAUGUUCCAUACUUUAAUGCACCUAUUUACUUAGAAAGUAAAGAGCAAAUUGGUAAAAUAGAUGAGAUUUUUGGGAAUCUUCGUGACUAUUAUGUGUCAGUGAAGCUAGGUGAAAAUAUCAAAGCAAAAAGUUUUAAGGAUGGACAACAGUUUUUCAUUGAUCCUGCCAAAUUAUUGCCAUUGAAGCGUUUCCUGCCUCAACCGCCUGGUGCGAAGCGUGGUGUUGGUCGUGGUGGCAGGGGCGGACGAGGAGGACGGGGUGGUGGUGAUCGUGGCCGUGGAGGUGGUGGUUUUAACCGAGGAGGAGGUGGAUUCAACCGUGGUGGAGGUGGAUUCAACAGAGGUGGUGGUGGCUUCAAUCGAGGAGGUGGGAACAGAGGUGGUGGUGGAUUUAACAGAGGAGGUGGAGGAUUCAAUAGAGGAGGAGGGGGAUACAGAGGGAGAGGUGGAAGCUAGUUGGUGCAAUUGUGACAAAACUUUUAUAUAUGCAAAAGAUAUACAUGUUAGUAUAUAUUCAGUGAAGUGAUAAGAUUCAAUGACUACAAUAAAAAGUUUAUUAAUCUUA